UGCGGAAGUGUGUGCACGAGUCUCACAGCGGUUACCAGUGUGGAGUUGUUUGUUUUGAGUGAAGGUCUCUGAUCGUUCUAAACUAACGGUGAUGCAGUGAUAUCCUGUCAGUGAGUUUUAUUAGAAGAAUACGUCGCUCGGUCCGUUUCUGAUGUUGUGUCCUGUCCCACACCGGACUACAUGAACCUCCUCUGCGGUGACUCCUAACAGCAGAACCCGGUGCCCGUGAGCAUGGCCCGGCCUCUGCAGGUUCUCUCCCUGCUCGCCAGGCUCGCUGCUCGGCCACUGACUCCCACUAACAGGUUCUCCAGCAGAGGAGUCGCUCCAUGGAUCGGACAGAGCCAUGUGCGAAGAGGCAGAGCUGCAGGACACCGCCAGGACAUGUCCGAGGAGGAGGGUGGAGGACAUCCAGAAGAUGUGGAGGACGUGGAGGACAAGCUCCAGACCUUGAUGGAUGAAGGCAAGAAGAGGCAGAGGACAGUGAAGUAUCACAUACUGAGGAGGCAGAUGACUCCACUCGGAGCUCCACAGAGAAAGCUGACCUGGGUGGCUAUUGAGCAGAUCAGAUACCUGAAGCAAGAGCAGCCAGAGGAGUGGACAGUAGAGCGUCUAGCUGAGGGCUUCUCUGUCACCCCGGAUGUCAUCCUGAGGGUCCUAAGGAACAAGUUUGUUCCUGCGCCUGAAAGAAAGGCUAAGCAAGACACUAAAGUGAUGGCUGCAUUGAGUCAGUCGGUGCUGCCUUCAGGUGCAGGGCAGGAGAGACUGAAGCUGCCGGGAAACAAGGCAGCGGCCAUACUCCCAUCGGGAAGCAGAGAAGGUGCUUUAAUCUCUGUAGCAGACACGAUGAUGAUCUCUGGAGGCCUGGCCAAGACUCGAGCCUCAGUUACUGUUCUGCCCACCAGACUCCAAGCUGGUAUCAGGAAAGAUGCCAUAGAGACAAGCUCAACAGAGGAGGACCGGCCCAGCAGCACUAAUCCAACAGAGGAGGACACAGAGGAAGAGGAGAGCUGGGACGGCUGGGUUUUGACAGAUGAACAGCUGGAAGAGUUUAUGGAGAUGGAGAAGCCAUCUCCUGUGGCGCAAGUUGGGAAUGAUUUCUUUGAUGCAGAGGGAAACUUUCUGUAUAGAAUAUGAGGACUUCCUGUUGAACCUUUGGGUGUCGUCAUUGCAAUAUUAUAUUUCAAUAAUAAAUAAUCAAGUCAGCGACUUCAUGAAUAGAUCUCUACUGUGCAGGAAAGAUAAAAGUCUAAUUAAUUAUUACUUCUCUGUUCAAAAGUCAUAUUGAUAAAUAUCUUUCUUUCAUUCAUUUAUUGGGAAAUUAAGAUACCAAGACAUGGGGGAAGAAGAAAUACAGAGCUGAGAAACAUCUCAAUACAAAAAUUAAAUCUGAACAUAAAAUAAAGUCUGAGUGGAAACACAGCUGGAGGAAAUCCUGCAUCCCACGAAACAAUGGGUUUUGACUGACUGUAGUACUGAUGUUUAUGAGUGUGUGCAAUUUUGUGUAGAGUCAAAUAAAAAUCCAGAUCUAGUGUAUUUAAUCGUGGUUUCACAAGAUGACUGUUGAGCCUCGGUGGAGGUAAAGAGUGUCAGUCUAUUUGUUAUUGCUGUAAGAAGGAAAUAAUAUUCAACAAAGUAGAGGAACAUAAGAAUUUAUUGGCAACCCCAAAUGAAAUUGCCUCAAAUAUACAGAAGAGAGAAACAUAGCAGAUACAAAGAUGAAAUCUUGUAUAUUUACAGAACCUUCACUAUGACUUAUUUAUUUAUACAGUAGUUCUAUACUGCAAGAAAAAGUCUGUUACCCUCCCUCGAUGCAAUAAAACCUCAUUAAAGAGCUCGGCAAGUCUCUCCCAGUGUACAGUCUACAGCAGAUGAGUAAUGACCCUGUAUUCACACCCUUUAUUUGAGUUGACUCACAAUCAGAACAUCAGUCUCACACAAUGAAAUGAGAGAUAGUAACCAGGUUAACUGCCGCGUUCUUUACAGAGCUCUGGAUUAAAAAAUAGUAUUGAUUGUUAUCAUGCAGUUCAAUAGGAGCCCAUAUGAAACAUAUGUUCUUUCUGCUCAAGUGCAGCAAAGAGGAGUCACUGACAUACUGGAUGCAACUGGUUACACAUUAGUUGAUAUAAAUAGUUAUCAGUAAACAGAUGCCGGCCUCACAUUAGAGGGGCCUCACAUCAGACCCUCACACCCAGGCACUUGCAUACCUGCAUCAAGUUUACUGCACUCUGAACCUGCACCUCACAAAUAAAUAAAAACCUGCCACACAUUGAAAACAAGACAGACAAAUGAUUGUGCAAGUAAUAUUAAAAAGCAGGAUAAAAACAAAACCUGUAAGAAGACAUGAUAGGACGGAUCUGUUGCGAGGUCAAUCACGUUUAGCUUCACGAUGACAGUAGUUUCGAGAUGAUUAAAUAGAAAAUAAAACAGUAGUAAGCAGUAAAAUAUACGCAAAUGAGACUUUGAAUAACCCUGUCAUUUUAGAGAAUUUGCUCCACCUCAGAUGCAAAUAUAUAAAAAGAAACAAUUCUCACGUGGUGUUGCAGCAUAAAGCAAUAAGCUACAAUGUUUAUCUUCCUAUACAACAUUUACAUUAUUGAACCGUCUCCCGCACACACAGACAUUGCCUCUGUGUUACUAUCACCAAAUUAUACUGAUGUAUUGGGUUUUAUGAAUGCGUUGUAAAAAAUAUUGGUUGACAUUUAAUAUCAAACUAUAAUCAUUUUCUUUUUCAUUUGCCAUGUGAGUUCAAAAGUUAGUAGAAAAA